GGCCCGGGCAGCGACCCGGUCCGCGCGCUGCUGGAGCUGCACGGCCGCCCGCGCGCUCCGCACCCGCGGCCCCUCGCCCGCCGGCCCCGGGCUCGCCGGCUGCGGGAGCGGCCUCAAGAUGGACGAAGACGGCGGCGGCGGCGGCGGCGAGGGCGGCGGCGUGCCUGAAGACCUCUCAUUAGAAGAGAGAGAAGAACUUUUAGACAUUCGUCGAAGAAAAAAGGAACUUAUUGAUGACAUCGAGAGGCUGAAAUAUGAAAUCGCGGAAGUGAUGACGGAGAUCGACAACCUCACGUCCGUGGAGGAGAGCAAAACUACUCAGAGGAACAAGCAGAUAGCCAUGGGAAGGAAGAAAUUCAACAUGGAUCCCAAAAAGGGAAUUCAGUUUCUAAUAGAGAACGACCUGCUGCAGUGCUCCCCGGAGGACGUGGCCCAGUUCUUGUAUAAAGGGGAAGGCCUGAAUAAGACCGUGAUCGGGGACUACCUGGGUGAAAGGGAUGAAUUUAACAUUAAAGUUCUUCAAGCUUUUGUGGAACUCCACGAGUUUGCCGAUCUCAACCUGGUACAAGCCUUAAGGCAGUUCCUGUGGAGCUUCAGACUCCCGGGCGAGGCGCAGAAGAUCGACCGCAUGAUGGAGGCGUUCGCGGCUCGCUACUGCCUGUGCAACCCCGGCGUCUUCCAAUCCACGGACACGUGCUACGUGCUGUCCUUCGCCAUCAUCAUGCUCAACACCAGCCUUCACAACCACAACGUGCGCGACAAGCCCACAGCCGAGCGCUUUGUCACCAUGAACCGCGGCAUCAACGAGGGCGGGGACCUCCCCGAGGAGCUGCUGCGGAACCUGUACGAGAGCAUCAAGAACGAGCCGUUCAAGAUUCCCGAGGACGAUGGCAACGACCUGACGCACACGUUCUUCAACCCGGACCGGGAGGGCUGGCUCCUGAAGCUGGGGGGGCGCGUGAAGACCUGGAAGCGGCGCUGGUUCAUCCUCACCGACAACUGCCUCUAUUACUUUGAAUACACGACGGAUAAGGAGCCCCGGGGAAUCAUCCCGCUGGAGAACCUGAGCAUCCGGGAGGUGGAAGACCCGCGGAAACCCAACUGUUUCGAGCUUUAUAACCCGAGCCACAAAGGGCAGGUCAUCAAAGCCUGUAAGACGGAGGCGGACGGCCGGGUGGUGGAGGGCAACCACGUGGUGUACCGCAUCUCGGCGCCCAGCCCCGAGGAGAAGGAGGAGUGGAUGAAGUCCAUCCGAGCGAGUAUCAGCAGGGAUCCUUUCUAUGACAUGUUGGCCACGAGGAAAAGGAGGAUUGCCAAUAAGAAAUAGAGCUUUCCUGGCCUGAGCAGCAGGGGCUGUUCCGGUGGAGAGUCCCUCCCCUGCAGGACCUCCUUUCCCUGCCCCAGCCGCGAAAGCACUCCCUCCGUUUGCACACUUGAGAGGUCAUCACCUCUCCUGUGCAAAAGCAGAGUCGGAGAAUGACAACCGCAGGCUGUACGCACUUACGUGGAGAUGUAAAGAGCAGAAGGAACCGUUCCUGGGAGCUGCCUUGAUGCCGAGACUGAACGGCUGUGGGCCCUCGGCCUCGGUGCAGCUGACCUUGACGUAGCGCUCAGUCACACCAGACUGCAAAGGGGUCUGCACCCGGGACUCUCCAACAUGCAUCAAACUGAUUUUUUUGGUUCAUUCCCAAGCUUUUAGGCUUUGCUACUGUACUGAUACCUCAGAUUCGAACCUCUAGUUUUGAGAAAGGCAAGUCAGCAUUCUUGAAACACGUGACUGGCACAUAUGCAACUCUGGCCCCAGUCUUCCGUGAAAAGAGACGCUGCCCAGACCACCAGACCAAACACUGCUGACGACGACCCGGCAGCGCCUUCCCCUCGGGCUGGCCCCGUACCCGGGCUGCUUGGGGCUCCGGCUCCAUCAGGAUUUUGUGUGGAAUAACCGGUCUCUCCUUUGUCUGACCCAGGUAGGACCCUGGGGAUACAGGGCUUUCUGUCUUUCGGGUUUGCCUCAGGGUGGGGCUGGGAGAAGUGAGCGUAAGGAAACACACACCUGGAAGAAAUCUGUUCCUCUGGCCAUCUGUGAAGGAGCCUCGCCCAAUGGCUGUUUGCCCAGAACAAUGCAGAAGGCCAUGGUGCUCAGAAUCUGUGUCACUUGCCCUCGGAGUGUUACGUGAAAUCGUGUAACUCCAGGUUUUGUGUGACAGCGUUAACCUGACGGGGCUGUGGGGCGCGGGCCCGGCUGCCUGGACCUCAGCGUGGUCCCCCGUUCAUCCCCCUCCCCGCUCCCCCCGUCUGUGCUCAGUGCUUGAAUUAUCAGUCCCAGCUCUGUCUCCUCCAGAGACGGAGGGCAGGAGGCAGGGAAGGGGGUCGCCGGGCGGGAGACGGCGGCUUCCACAGCCCCACCAGCCCCCGUUAACACCUGGGGUUUAGUUGGCCCACCCUGGACCCAGACAAGCAAGUGUCUUCAGGAUCACGGAACAGUUUUGAGCAGUUUAAUGUGGUACCAGACUGAGUCCAAAUAAGAGCUAUUUAUAGAUGAAGCAGCAUUUAAUGCUGCAUAUAAAGCAAUGCAUAUUUUUCAAGUUAAAAUGCAUAUAUCUACAUAGAUGUGCUUUGCUGAGAAGUUAGGUCUGUUGUAGACCAGAAACCACACAUUGUGAUUUCUUGUUUUAUUUUUUUCUUAGAAAACAUUUCUAUUUACAGUAAAUACAGUUAAUAUGUAAAUAAUGUACAUAUAUAAUACGACUUCUGGAGUGUUUGUUAUUCAGUGUAUAUACUCCAACUUGCAUGAAGAAAUACCCUGUAUCUAUUGAUAUUUUGUUGUAAAGUGGAUGGUGAAGUCGGAGAGUUGUAUGGCUGUCAAAUUGCAAAUACUGUGUUGGUUAAAUAAAAACGCACUGUUAAAACAA